AGUAUCUUCGUGCCUGUGAGAGUGAACAGGCAGCCAUGGAAGAGGGCAGCACAGAGGAGGACAUUGAGGAACUGAUGGAAGGCCUGGCUUUCAUCCCUGGACAUUUUCAUCUUCCGCUUCAUCUGAAUAAAGAUCCUGAAGGACCAGAAACCCUUCGCCAACGUGACACCCAGUUAAAGCAGGAGAGCCUGCGUGCUGAGCUGGAGGCUGAGACUGGGAGACUGCAGUAUGCUGUCCGAAACAUGCUGGGCCUACUGGCCUAUCAUUUGGACAAGAUGGACACCGCUGAGGAGGUUUUUCGAAGCAUCUGCCAGGAAGACCCUGGAAAUCUCAAUGCGUGGGCCAACCUGGCCCAUGUAUAUGAACGGCUCAGCCGUGAACAGGACGCGAGUGAGUGCUUAGAGCGGGUGGCCGCUCUCAUGGACCCGGAGAUGGGCAAUGACCAGCCAGACUGCAGGGUUAGAGCAGCCCGGUGCUUGGCAGAACAGGCUUUUGCCCAGCCUCAUGAUGUGGAACUGGAGAAAGAAGAGCACCUUCAGGAGAGACUGACAACUGCACUGACCCUGUAUAACCGUGCUCUCCACUACGGCGGAGAACUGGUACCUGAAGAAGAAAAGAAGAACUGGUUCUUCAAAAUGGCAACAAUUUACAUAAGAUUAUAUGGUAUUGUCAAUGAAUCAAAGGAUUUGGAGUAUACAAGGCUUGGGCACUACAACAAAGGCCUAAAACUGCUAGCAGAGACAUUGAAAUCAGAAACAACUCACCUCAAAGCGCUUGCUUGGUGUUACAUUGGUCUCAUGCUGGAGAGGCAAGAGGAGUUCCCUACAGUUCCAAUGGCAAUUCAUGACUGCGGCCUGUCUGGAUCGGACCCACUCUCAUGCUACGGAUUGGGUAUCAAACUGGCUACAGAUGAUGCAUUCACAUUGAAUCGGCUAGCCAGUGUGUUUUUUCAGUCAGGCAAGCAUGAGAUGGCAACGGGCAUCUGUAACAUGGCCCUGAAUGUGCUGCCUGAUGCAGAGCUCAACUGGCAAGCUUACUGCACCCGGGCAAAGCUUAAGGUCACAGCUUAUGUGAAGGCCUUAGACAGAGCUAAGCAAAGACUGGAUGGCAUUCCUGACCGCCAAGACCUGAGAGAGGCCCGCACUGACCUUGAGCGAGUCCUGAGUGUAAGGCCCUGUCUGAGGACGCACCUGGAGAUGGGGCAGGUCUAUUACUACAUGGGUGUGGAUGCUCUGCAGGAGAGCAUAAUGGUGGACGAAAUGGCGGUGAAUCAGGCUUUGGUCAGCCUGGCCCAGGCUCUGCAGUGUCCACUGGGCUCCACUUUGCCAGAGCUACAGCUGUUGAGGGGUCGCUGCCUGCUGCUGAAGGGCGAGGAGCAGAACGCCAUAGAUUGCUUCAAACAGGCGCUUGAGCUGGAGCGGCCUGGUGGUCAGGACCUACGUGCAUUGCCCUUAUUGCUGCAGGCCCUGCUGACUGCCUUCUCUCAGAGCACAGGGGACGUGAGCUACAUUAUCGCUCAACUGGAGGAGUGCUUACAGAAGGCUGAGGAGAGACAUGGCACCUGCCCGGUCCGGACAGAGCUCAAGCUGCUGUGCCGGACAAACACGGAGGAAGUGGCAGAACUGUCCAGGGAGCUGGUGAAGAGGGGCAAACUGGGCAUUGUUAGGAGGCUGCUGCAGAGUGUACAACCUCAGGGUAAACACACAGUGUUGGGCAGGUCUCUGUCUGUGUGAGAGGAAGAGGAGUUGCAGGUUCCUCCCAGGGUGAAAAUACCAACGCUGAUAUGGAGGCUGUAAGGGGACUUUCCUUAAGGAUGCUGGAUUAGAGUUCAUUCACUUUUGGAACAAUACUGACUUUAAAUAUGAUGGCAAUGAAUGUACAGUAGAAGGGCUACUGACCUAGGGCUAAAAGUUAUUGUGAAAUAUUAAUGCUAUAAUGUAUAUAAUAUGAUGCAAUUAGAACUUUCUGAAAUUGUGAAAUAAAAAAGUUUCAAAGUAGCAGUUUAUAUUAUUUGUCAUGCUCAGAUCCAGUUUCACACACUACAGUAAUGCAAUUCCCUUCACUGGUCUCAGCAGCCCCAACAGAGUUCUAGAAAACUCUUGGAAGUAAAAACCUGUUUUUUUUGUUUAAACUGAAGGGCUUAGUACUUAUGUUCUUAACUAGAAGUAGGCUGGUCAGCUCUUUUUUCAUACAUUCAUUUUCCAAGCCGCUUCUCCCUUAGGGUCGCGGACGCUGGUCAGCUAACAGGCUAAAAGACAGCCAACAGCCUAGCUAAACAACUUCAACAUAAAACGCCACAGACUUGAAUUAAAGGGGAACCCCACUGAAUUUGCAAAAUUACUUAAUCAUUCAACCAUUUAGAUUUAAACAAAAUCAUUCAGAGUGGUUUGUUGUGCACCUUUCUAGGGACAUUUACAGAGUCUGAAUUGUACUUGGAAGACGUCUGUAUGUCUACACUACAAAUAUCACCAUUUUAUCUAAUAUCCAUAAUAACCAGUGACCUUACCUGUGUCUUAUAAGGUUUUAUAUGUCACGCUGGUAAUGGUAAAACAGUGCUAAUUUGGAAAGAAGAUUUUUAUUUUUGGGGGGUGCUAUUUUUUCCUUACAAUGCUUUGUGGGUAUCUCUCUGCCCUGCACGCGUUGCGUCACUCAGCAUCAGCAAAACUCAGAGCUUAUGUGAGUAACGUGACUAAUCAGAAAAGCUGCUGUGGAUCACACUCGCAUGUCACUGUCCCACCCCAUAAAGUUGUGAGCAGAGUAGCAAGUAGUUUGUUGUUAACACCGUCAAUUUUCAUUCGCCCUGGGUUCUUCUGCGCCUUCAGUCUGAGCGUCUGUCCAUCUUUCUCUUGUUUGCUCUUUCUUCUUCAAGCCGCUGCAAGUUAUUUGUAUCUUCUGGUUCAAAUCGAUUAGGCUCCACAAAAGUUUGGAGCCAGACCUUAUCGAAGUCCUCCACACACUUUAACAUCUUCCAAAAAUAAGGCAAGAAAACUGUAUUAUAAUUGUGAUUUCGUGAUCAAUAUUGUUUUCAAUUCAAGUAGACAGUAAACAGUCGUACUGAUAAAUA